ACAACAACUCCAGCUGAGCCACAGCUCGGGAAUCUGCUGCUCUGUGUGAUUUAUCAAUUAAUGCACACAUCACAGUCUCCUGACAGGCUGUACCUCAACACCGUGGAUAGGAUGCACCUCGAAAUGACUCUCCUUCAUAUUUUAUCUGUGCUCUUACUGCCAGGAGCGUGGGGUCAGAUCAGCAGCAACACAUUUGGCGUGGUGGUGGAGGCCAAGAACAUCACCCUCCCUGAAGGAUCCAAGGCUGUGCUUCCCUGCCACAGCCCCCGCAUGGUGUGGACCCAGGACAGGCUGAAGGACCGUCAGAGGGUGGUCCACUGGGACUUGGUGCGCAGCAGCCCGGAAUAUUCUGUGGAGCGAGUCCUGGACAUGUCCCCUGGGGCCCGCGAGAGGGUCUACAACAGCGUCAACAAGGGACGCAUUUCCCUCCCAGACACGGCUUUCACUGAUGGCAACUUCUCCCUCAUCAUCGACAAUGUGGUUGCAACGGACAAAGGAGUUUAUACUUGUAAUCUGCACCAUCACUACUGCCAGAUUCACCAGUCCAUCAAAAUCCAGCUCAAUGUCACAAAGUCAGCUCGUAAAGAGAAGCGUUACUGGGACGGAGAGAGGACUGUGUUCGUGGUGAUGUUGGGCAAGUCGGUGGUGUUGCCUUGUGUGAACAGGCGCUCUCUGUGGAGGGAGGGUCUCCAGGAGGACCAGCAGCAGGUGGCCCACUGGGACUUCCAGCCCCCCGGCGUGCGUCCUGACCGGGCCGACCGCCUGGUGGACCUCUAUGCCUCUGGAGAACGGCGAGAUUAUGGACCACGCUUCGGAGCGAGCAAGAUGAGCGUGGAGGAGGACGCUUUCACUCUAGGGGACUUCUCUCUGUCCAUCGCUGACUUAAGGCCUGUUUUUAAAGGCCUGUACUCCUGCCACCUGCAUCACCACUACUGUGGACUGCACGAGAGACGCAUCUACAGGCUCAAUGUGGGACCUGCAGUUCCCCCCGCACCCACAACAGCACCCAGAGUUUUCCCUAAUGAUGUGCCAGAGCAAAGGACUGUGCAAGAGGUGGAGGGUCCGCGCGUGGUGAACGUCAUCCUUCCUGAGCAGCGAGGUUAUUUCGUGCAGCAUAUGGGCUACUUCCUGGCCACGUUCCUACUGCUGGCGUUCAUCGUUGUCGCUGUCAUCGUGGUGACUAGGAGACGCAAGAAGAGAGGGCUGGAGUACGACAUACGUAGAUAUGAGAGGGGAACUGUGAUCAGCGGAGGUGAGAUAUCAUUAGAAUGCACAGAACUGAGGACCUGCUGCAACCAAGAACCUACGAAUUCAGAAUCCACAGACUACAAAAACAACAUACUGAAAGAGAGAGAUAUGUCCAAAGACUGCAACAUGGAUUUUGAUGGGAAGCUAUGGAAGUGAGUGCGAUAUUUCUGAGAUGCUGCUGGCAGGUCCAGGGCAGACACCGGAAGAGUAAAGGAUCGUGGAGAGAAAGGAAUACAAGAGGAAACCCAGGAGAGGACAGGAGGAACGCUCCCUCUGCUGUAACUGUAACACUAAGCUUUUCAACUGAAAGCCAGCAUCAUUUUUUUUACAUGUCAUUUUUUAUAUGAUUUUCACCAGCUGUUAUAACAAUAUGGUUAAACAUUUAUUUGAUCCUUACUCCUUGCAUUCAUUGGGUGGUUAAUGGUGAUUAUUAGGCAUUUUUAUCGUCCUUUUUACGAAAAUGCAUGCUGUUUAUUAAGUAUAUUUUAUGUAUACGUUGCAUGCUUACAGAGAUGCAAGCUCACAUCUAUUUUCCAUUCUUGAAUUUUCUUUUUUUUGCACAAUUUCUGGUGGUUCAUAAUGCUUUAAAGGUUAUAUUACUGUAGUAGACAGUUUCAGACAGUUUUUGGAAACAAGUGUCACACAUUUCUAGAUACACAAUUAGUCACUUUACACAGAUUAAGGUCGUUUAUUAUGUUUUUAUUUUAAGAAACUCAGCCAGUCAUGACUUAAUGUAAUCUUUUUUUAAUGUUUUUUUUUGGACUUUCAGACCUAGAUUCUUCUCAGAAUAAUAUUUCUCCCUAAUGGAUAUAUCUGUUUAUUGAUAACGUAUCAAGUGAAAAAGAUAAAUUGUCCGACCACUGAUUGAAGGCCCAGUCAACCAAAACUCAGGUAAAAAAAAAAGAACCUUUGGUUAUUUGGUAUUUAAUGGGCCAUGUGCAGUGUUUGUUUGCACCAUGUACUCUGGAUCAUAAAACACUGAAUGUUCACUACUAAAUCUGCUGGUCAAUGAUAGGUACAAACGUUUUAUAAAUGUGCGGCUAUAGCUCUAUGAAGUUUACUGCUGGAAGAAGAAUGUUUGCUUUUUCAGUAAUGCUAAAUCACAAUUUCGAUUUCAUGUUGUCUCUUGCUCUCUUGCACACUAUUGUUUGUCUCUUCCAAGCAAAUAUUUCUUCUAUUAAAGCUUCACAACAGUG